AUGGAGUGUGAGGGAAGAGCGCUCGAGCCAGAGCCCAAAAUACCAAGAGCGUCGAUAGACAAGAUUAUUUCAGAGACGCUGGAAUCCCCGCUAAUAUGCAGCCGAGAAGUGAAGCAGGUCCUUCUGAACUGCUGCGCCGAGUUCGUGCACAUAAUUGCCACGGAGGCCAACGAGGUGUGCGAAAAAGAGCAGAAAAAAACGCUUACGCACGAGCACGUGUACCGAGCGCUUCGGCAUCUUGGGUUUGAGGAGUACAUUGACCAGUGCAACGAGUCAUACAAAGAUCACAUAGAGCAGUCCAAGCUGCGCCCGUCAAGGCAGAACAAGCUGAAGGACUCGGGGCUGACCCAGGAUGAGCUCGAAAGAGAGCAGGAAGAGCUAUUUAGAAAGGCAAAAAUGUACGCUCUGAAUGAGGAUAAAAAAGAGGACGCUUGA